AUGGAACCGCAUCGCAAUCAGGUCAUGGGAAACGGACUGCAUGGAUUUGGAGUUAUUGGCUUUCUUCCCCCCCCCCCUGCUUUUCUUUGGGAUUCUGGCCACCUGAUGUCUAAUAUCGCGGAGCAUUUACGCCAGUUCCGAGUCUGCCUUGCGGCAGGCUGGGCUUUUCCCCAUUUAGUCUUGAUACGUCAGAAUAUACGCUCACUAGCGCGCGUCGUGCAAUACCGAAUUGACUCAUGGUGGAUAGUGAAGGACUCUGGGAGACAGCGCGGGCUGCGCGGGUCGACGUCAUUCACGUUCUGGCUCUUCGCCUAUUUUGCUUCUUUCGUUCCCCCCGUUGGCGUUAGCGCGCCUUGGACCCAUCCCGAAUCGCUCGGGGCUGCCGCAUCACCGCCAGUUCGACCUGCCCUCCCCAUCGUCACUCCUCACGGCACUGCGCUCCCGUCGGUGCUGCCGCGCUCUUCCACUGCUUCUGUGACAAAUUCCGGCACUGCCGCGGCGCUGCUCUCCGCUAGACUAUCUUGCUUCGACGAUAAAGUGCACAUCACCAGCCUUGCGGUGGCGACAUGCUUUUCUCAGAGUUUCAGACCCGCUGGCCUGAUUGAUGAAACAAAGUGGCAGCUGGAGAACCGACUCUUCCGCACCGGCUGCCUUUGCAGGGCACAGCGCGACCGCGCUGGGAUUGCUGCCGCCGUCUAUUUUGGGGGCGAUAUUGGCUUGCUCACCAGCAUUCGAAUCUGUUACAGUACUCUCUUCGCGGAGUCCACGUAUGAAGCACACGCUGCCAGCGUCCUCACUCACCUUUCGCGGCGUCCAGCUGCUCUCUUCACUGGUUGGCACCCCGCUGCGUUCCGGCCACAGCGGCCUGUCCGCCAUCCAAUUGACCACUGCCCUAAGCUACGACGAAUGUAUAUGCCCCUCGCUUCAAAGCUUGGUCUCACAUUUAGAGCAGCAUGCGAACGCCUUCCACUCGCAUAUCUUGAAUCAGAACAGCGUGGCUUGCGCACCCUCGCACAUUUCUUUCAACUCACAUCUCCGUCCAUCUGCCUGCACUUCCUGCAGGAUCUGGUUGCGUACUCCGCCGGCAAGCUGAGAUCCCGAAAUCUACAUGGUCGGGUGACAGUAGUCUUGAAUGGGUUUCAACCUGUAGGUUGGUGCAUCAGGGCAGCAACCCAACUCCCGGACUUUGGAUCCGGCUUCAGCAGUGUCUGCAUGCAAGGUAAUAAUGUCGUCGAACUAAGUUCCUCCUGCUCAAUUGCUAACGAACUCAAGGUAACUCAAGGCUCAAAAUAUCGUCCUCAAAUGGGGAGCUACCAAAAUAUCUUGUACCUUUUCUCUACGCCCCAAACUUUCCACAGAAUGUUUCAAUCGGGGAUUACCGUUGGCAUGAUCCACUACAGGGCCUCGUUCAAAUGCGACGAUUUCACAAAACCUCCUUCUCCGGCCUUCCAAAUCUUGCGGAAUAAUUAA